AUUUGAAGACACACCCAUCGCGCUGGGGAAAUGGGAGUUGGGUUGCUGCGCUGCGCUUAGUAACCGAGGCGUCAGAGAGCCUCACCUCAGCUUCACACCGGAUUAGUGACGUGAACCAGACCGGGCUCGCAUGCACCGCAAUGGGCUUCGCAGGUCACUUGUUAAGGAUGGUGAUAUCCUGGCAGUUUCUACUCCUUUCUGAGAUGGCACUUGUCGAAGGUAACAGCAGGAACUGCUCCUGUUCAUUAGCAUCAGACUUCGAGACAUAUGACUUCAAUAUGAAUUCUCAGAUCUGCUGUCUAAAUUUCUCCGGAUCUACUGUCGGCACCCUUCGAUGGAGCAACUUUUCAGGCAUGUCUGAGCUAAAAAUUCUUGACCUUUCAUCGAGUUCAAUUGAGGAAAUAAUACACAGUGAUGAUGGCAGCAUCUUGCUGGAGGUUAUCUACUUGGAGCGGAAUCUUUUAAAGUUUCUUCCAGAGACUUUCUUGGCCAAUGCACCAAAUCUAAGAGUCCUGCACCUAGAGGAAAACAAGCUGCAAAAACUGCCAGACACUUUUCUUCGAGAAUCCAACCAUCUUGAAGAACUGUAUCUGGAUUUCAACCAUUUGUCUAAUCUUCCUCCUGGAUUUGUGAAGCCAAGCCUAAAGAGAUUAGUACUUUCUAACAACACCUGGGAAUGUUCCUGCUCAUUAUACGAUGAACUUCAGAACUACCGUCACCUGCCCAAAGCUGGAAAUGGAGGAUAUGAACUGGGCUUAAAAUGUUCCACCCCAAAACAUUACAUAGGAAAAAGUCUGGAGGCCAUGCAGAGGUCUGAGUUAUGUAGGUCACAUGGAUUAACAGCUCUCUUUAUUCUGUUGCCACUUUGUUUUGUUCUUCUGAUUAUGCUUUGUUGGUGUUGUGGAAGGAGGAAAAAAAGCAAGGAAGCCAGCUUUGAUCUGGCAAAACCAGAAACACAGCUGGCAACAGUGGAUAGGAAUGGAACAAAAGGGUUUUUGGACCGGCAGCACCAUUAUGUUCCCUGUGAGGUGGCACUGCCCAAUGAUGGAGAGAAAAACAUUCUUCUGAAGAACCAGCUAAUGCUGAGGCCUUCGGCUGCUUUACUAGGCAGUAGUCGUGACCUUUACGAGGAAGUAGAAAUCAAACUCGGUGCCUCUGUGGAUUCUCUGACCCAUCCAGAGGAUUCCUGUCCAGCCUCACCAGACCUCUGUAUUGAGGAAGGAGACAAGUUUAUGGAAGAAAACAAACCUGAUGUUGAAGUGGUGAGUGUCACUGAAGUUCUGAGAGAUUCAGCAGACAGAGAAAAACUAUAUCUCGCCCAGUCGACGGAUUAUUAUAACCUUGUUCCCGGUAUUGAUCUCGAAGACUCUGAUCAUUGUGAAUAUGAAAAUGUGGACCUGUCCUGAAAAAGCUUUUUGGUAGACUUGCUGAGUGGUCGCUCAUCACUGAUGAUAGAAAGGAAUCAGACUACAGAGCAACAGGGAAAUGGUGCUGCUUUUCUAUAUUUUCCCCAUGCAACACGUGGCAGAAAGUGCUUGUCCAUAUAAAAAAAAACCACAAUCAGACAUUACAACAGAAACCUAAGAGAUAUUUUGACAGCUAACUACAAAUUUAUUUUGUGUAUUUAUGUGCAUGAAGACAUUUUAAGCACUGACUGUGGCGCAACACAAGAUAAGUGCGUCCUAAAAAUUCAGUACCAUAAACAAAUUGGAACGGAAUGUGACAUUAACAUUUGUUUGACUGAAAGCCAGAAGCACUGCAGUUUUAGUUUUGAUGUGUUUGCAUUAAGAAAUACUCGUUUUCUUGCAAAACCAGUUACUCUUCCUAAACUUGCACUGCAGGUUACAUUUAUUGCUACAUUUUCACUUACUGUGUACUUUUGUAUCUUACAGAAGAACCUUACAAGGUUCUCAACCAACGGCAAACCUUUAUGGUAAGGUGGUAAUUGUAGCCAUUGUGCAUAAAGUGCCUAUUGAUUUUAUAAACGACAGUACAUUGGAGCGAACGCCAGUAUUUCAUGAAGCUGGUUCACGCUCCAAUACUACAAUAACAAAAAAUGUAUCUGAGUCAUAAUGUGGUAGAUAGUGACAAGUGAGACAGUCUGAGGACCCACGAGAGACUACAAUACAGGAUUCCGAGGGAUUGGCAGUUUACUACUGCAGGGCCACGAGAAUAGAUGGGGUUGUUACUGCACACUUGGUUUUCUGUCCUCUGUUCUCCUGACUCUGACUGCCUUCUAAGCUACCCGUCUGAGGUGUGUGUCAAAAGUGUGCUCUCUGGACAUUGAUCUAGGGGUAACCUUCAGAGUCUGAGCCAGCUCCCUUGCCCAGGCUUGAAGUUCUGGGAAAAGUGUAACCUCGUAUUGUGGAGUCUUGAGCAAAAGACGUGGCACAAACUGUGACAGAAGACAGUGGCCAACAUACUAUAAAAUAGUCACCUACCUUUUCUCCUUUCCCACAAGACGGCCCAUCUUUGAUUUGCAUUAUGAAGCAGGAGCUAAACCGAGAGAACCUAACAGAAUAUAUAGCGAGUGCUACAGUGGACAUGGCGCUAUAAUCCUAAAGCUGGCAGGUAGCUCUGCAACUGCCUAUUGUGUUGUUUUUCUUUUAUGCACCACUUGUCCUGCUUCCUGUGUGCCUUUCUUUCCCUUUCACUCUCACCACAUUUUUUCUCAACAUGUACCUUACACUUGCCAUGUAAUUUAUUUCCAUUUUGUACUGAUGUACACAAGUUGCAGCAAACUCUGUUGGACUUCAAAUGUUAAAUAGAGAUUCCCAUGGAAAAAAUGGACCCUGUUGGCGAUUUUAUUCAUGACUAUGACAUGUUAACACCAUUUUGUGUUACUAAUAUAGAAUUUCACUUCUUCGAUGAUAUAUAGUAAAAUGCCAAUUUUAAAAUAACAUUUACUGUUACAGGGAUAUCAUUCCCUUAUUGGUGUUUUAAAGAGUGAAAUAUAUUUUUAAAUAGUGUGCGAAGUAAACCUGCUUAGGGAAGAAUUACCAUUCAAAUAAAAUGAAUGCUUCAUUAGGUGAAAAAAUUAGUAGGAUUCAUUUCAAUAUGUAUAUGUAAACUUUAUGUUUUAUCCACAAUUUAGAGGCCAAAGCAAACUAGUGCACCUCGAUUUAGAUUUAGCUUUGUCCUGGAGGGGCAGCACUAAUGUUCUGUUACUGUUUUCUUAUUGCUUUGUGUUAAAGGAAUGUAUCAUUUACCAUCUUGAGCAGGUAGGCUACGCAGAACAGCUGCUCUGUGUGACCCCGCGAUAAAACUCGAGCUAAUCUGAUACCAGGCUGACUCAUUCAGUAUUCACUCGCCCUCUGGACAUUUCUGCUGUCAAUAUUUUAAGGAAAAACUUAAACACAGUCUCUUCUAUCCAUGAUUUCUAAUUUUCAAAAUGUUUUGAGAAUAUAUGUUUAUAUUUAUGUUUUUUAAAGAUUAAAAAUAACUUUUUUAAAAACU